UCGGCCGUCUGAUUUCACAAGGCUGUUUCGCGGCUGUUUCGCGGCCUCCGAACGUCUGGCCUUAGUAGAUCUUGGUUCAAGUUCAUAUUGGGUAACUACGUUGUUUAGGAAGUGCUUAUUUGUCCUGUAACACCGUAGUACCUGUUUUUCCGAUCGAGCUCCGAGUGGCGUUUCAUAUGAAGAACCAGCAAACAGAUAAGGUUAAAAUCAUGGCUGCCCUCUGUCGCUAUGCAGGCUCUGGCGCCUGUCGUCUCCACACAAGUAGCCGUGCCGCUGCCACGCAACAUUACAAAAUGCUGGUGCUCGGAGGAGGAAGCGGGGGGAUGGCAAUGGGUGCACGCAUGAAAAGGAUGCUAGGCGCUGAGAAUGUGGCUAUUGUGGAGCCCAGUGAGAUGCACUACUAUCAGCCUCUUUGGACUCUGGUGGGUGCCGGUGCGAAAACCGUCGCUUCAUCGGGAAGGCCCACAUCAAGUGUGAUGCCAUCGGGUGUGAAAUGGGUGAAAUCCAAAGUUGAGGAAAUCAACCCGGAGACAAAGACCAUACGCACCGAAGACGGCACCAAAAUCUCCUAUGAGUAUCUGAUUGUGGCCCUGGGCUUGCAGCUCCACUUUGAAAAGAUCAAAGGGCUGCCUGAGGGAUUCGAACAUCCAAAGAUUGGAUCCAACUACUCCGUGCAAACGGUGGAGAAAACAUGGACGGCACUGCAGAACUUUGAAAGAGGCAACGCUGUCUUCUCAUUCCCAAACACUCCAGUUAAAUGUGCUGGAGCUCCGCAGAAGAUAAUGUACCUCACAGACGCGUUCCUCAGAAAGACAGGGAAGAGGUCAAAGGCCAACAUCAUUUACAACACGUCUCUGCCGGUGCUGUUUGGCAUCAAGAAAUAUGCUGACUCACUCUGGGACGUCGUGAAGGAACGCGACCUAAAAGUCAACCUGAGGCAGAACCUGAUUGAAGUGCGGGCGGACAAACAGGAAGCUGUGUUUGAAAAUCUUGAUAAACCGGAGGAGACCACAGUGUUGGAGUACGACAUGCUUCAUGUCACCCCACCAAUGGGACCCAACCCGGUGAUUAAAGGCAGCCCGCUAGCGGACGAGGCCGGCUGGUUGGACGUGGACAAAGACAACCUCCAACAUAAGAGGUACCCCGACGUCUUUGGCAUCGGGGACUGUACUAACCUGCCCACUGCCAAAACCGCUGCUGCUGUUGCCGCACAGUCUGCUGUUCUACACCGGAGCAUCAAAAGGAUAUUGAAAAAGGAGAAACCUGAUAAAAAGUAUGACGGCUACACUUCCUGUCCGCUGGUUACCAGCUACAACACGGUCAUUCUGGCCGAGUUCGACUACAACGGCCAACCUCUGGAAACGUUCCCCAUGAACCAAGCCAAGGAGAGCAGACUCAUGUAUCACAUGAAAGCUGACGUGAUGCCUCACCUUUACUGGCAUGGACUGGUCAGGGGCUUGUGGGGGGGCCCCGCACCCUACAGGAAACUACUGCAUCUUGGAAUGAAAUGACAGAAAGGUCAUUUUGCUUUGGAAACCGAGAAGACGUGCAAGAUGGUGAUUUCAUGUUGCUAAAGAAUGAAUUAACGCUGAAUGUAAUCCUGGACGCUAUCCUGGUUCACUUUUCACUCAUUUUUUUGUUGUUGUUGUUUUUACAGCGUAUGAACGCUGUCACAGGUCGAGCCCGGCCCUUUUUAAGAAGAGUUGCAUUGUGGGAAGAUGAGUGUUUUGGUUCUAUGCUUUACAAUGAGGCCGCGGUGACUCGCUCUCUCUUCUGUCUGCAGACCGUUCAUUCAUUUCUGGGAGCCUAUCCCAGCCGUCUUCAGGUCAGAGGCGGUGUACACCCUGGUCUGGUCUCCAGCCCAUUGUCAAUAAUCUCCUGUUGUGGUCAUGGCUAGCAAACGCUAGCUUUUGCACGAUUUCGAAGCAAUGCGAUUCAUGAGGUCUGACCAUUGACCGUUGCUCAUUCUGGGCCCGUAUUGCUCCUAUAGAGCGGCUAUCAGCGCAGAAACCUUUCUAGAUCUUCCAGAAUCUCCUGAAAUAAGUCCUCACAAAGUGAACAAAAGUAGAGUCAAAUUGUUGUGCAUGUGUAUAUAAAUCUACUUGUCUCGUACAACCUUUCGUUGUUCACGUAGUGCAGCUCCCAUGUUGUCGCUCGGUGACAUCUGAGCGAGAGGCUGCGGCCGCACUGGCGAAACCCAUCGUCAUCGUGUAGUAAAUCAUGCACACCGGCCGGGACGAGCGGCUGUGAACGCUACACGGGUGAGCGACGCGUUUACAUUCCACAACAAAUGAUUAUUCUACUGCGAUAUUUUGAGACGAUAUAUUGCUUUGCACUCCGAUUGCAACAUAAUUCAUAAUAAAAGUCUGUCGUUAAACACAUCAAA